UGUGUCGGUUACCAGUGUGUUUUCCGGAAAAUAACAUGGCUGUGACAAGAACAAAACUGUUCUGGUGGCACCUUACAGAAUUGGAGGUCACCCUAAACCAGGCUUGGAUAGCUCUGGCACAUGAAACUUUGUAGACUUUGCCUCUCUCAUCUCUCAAACAUUCUUAGACCAGCAGGGAUUAACAGAGGUCUCCAGUCUUGGCUUGGGCUACUUAGAUUCCUUUAGCGAUUCUGAAGUGAAAAGCAGGUUCCUCAGACCCCUGGUUUGCAUUGUUUAGGAGUAGUUAUAUUUAUACAGUUCUAUAAUUACAUUCAACCCAUUGAAGGCAACCACAGGGCUGAUGUAGCCCGCAGUAAAAAUGAGUUUGACACCCAUGGCUUAGGACCUAAAGGAAGGUCCGUCUGUGUGUGUGUGUGCCCGCGCUUCCUUGGGAGAUGUCCAAUGUUUCCAAUUAUGCCCUUCGAAUGGCCCGGCUGAGUGCUCAGAUAUUCGGAGAAGUUGUUAGGCCAACUGACUCAAAAUCAAUGAAAGUAGUGAAGUUAUUCAGUGAGCAGCCUCUGGCCAAGCGGAAGGAGGUCUACAGCUGGUAUCCUCCUCACAACACCUACUAUGCCCUCAUGAAGAAACUCCGUUACUUUGGUCUCUACAGGGAUGAACAUCAGGACUUUAAGGAGGAGAUGAGGCGAUUGAAAAAGCUCCGUGGGAAGGAAAAACCAAAGAAAGGAGAAGGAAAGAGAGCUCUCAAGAAGAAGUAGUACCACUUGGACAAUAUAAUUAACUAUUCUGGAAAUACUGGAGAACAGCUCUAACUCGGGCUUUCUGUUCCCAGCCAGAGGGGGCUUGGCAUGUUGUGAGCUGUGUGUGGGGCACAAGAAACACCCUGUGAAAUGCUGGAGUCCACCUUGAGAGUGCACUUGGGUCUUUGUGGUUUUACCAGUUUUUAAUUUCUGUACUUCAAAUAUAUUGUAUAUUGUAGCACAUUCAUUUGUCAGAGCCCUCUCUUACCCAAGUAGUAAAAACAACAGUAAAAAAAGAAGUGCUCAGUGGUUUUCUUGCAAACACCUGUAGCUGCUUCAGUUUUUCUGGAUCUGGAAAAUCGCUUGGCUUUCAUUGCCUGUUUUACUUUCUUUCAUUAAUAUCAGCACUGUUUUGCAUGUGGCCACAAAAAAAAAAAGAUAUUUCCUGCUUCUGUUGCUGUGUGUCAUCUUGCCUAUUGUGAGUUUCACUUUAGGUAGCUUGAGUGUUAAUUUAAGUUGCUGUUAGACUCUAUUGUUCUGCAUUUUGCACUGGACAACACUUCAUGGUCCAUUACCUGUCCACAGCACUCUCAUUGUACCCUGAAUAUUUAGAUACUGCAACAGAAGAGGCUGAAAUUUGUUUUUGAGCUUGAGAUCCCCUACUAGUUAAAAUACAGUAAGUUUACUGUAAUAAAAGUAUUUUGAAUUUA